ACAACGCCCUCACCGGGAUUUAGCGAGUCCAAUAACGAAGGGUAAAUAAUCGUAAUUUUCCAAGAUAAGUUAGUAAAUAAAAAUACGCUCUGAAAAUUUAUGGAUGUUGUCUUCGAGUCGAUGCUCAUUAAUUAGAAGUGUCAUUACUGGGGAUAGAAUAACUAUCAGAAAAAUGUCUAAGCGUUCAAGGAAAGCGAUAAAGUCACUACCAGCUGACAAAGACACGACCUCCCAGUCUGGGCCGGUUACCACCGAUAAAGAUGGAAAUGUUGUUAUUCAAAUUCGUACGAAACCAGGCGCCAAACAUAGCAAUAUAACAGGUAUCUCAGACGAAGGCGUUGGAGUUGCAAUAUCAGCCCCUCCGGUAGAGGGUGAAGCAAACUCAGAACUAAUGAAAUACCUUUCCUCAGUCCUGGGUGUGAGAAAGUCAGACGUCAGUAUAGACCGGGGAUCGAGGUGUCGCCAAAAAACGCUCAUCGUAACCGGUUGUACUGCACCAGCGGUUCUCGAGAAGUUGAAAGCAGAGAUAAAGUCCGACUCCUGAACGGUUUUUAGUAUUAAGAAACACUUUUUUAUUCCAUAAUUAGCAGUAUAAGUAAAUAAAUCUCGAUAGUUCCUAUAUUACUGUACAAAACACAGUUUCAUUAGUCUCGUUCAUGUCAACAUUAAUUAAUUACAUUUACAUUCACAUUUAAUUCAGGAGGAUUUAAUUCGCAGAGAAUGAAUAAAUAACGGUCUAUCAUUUACAGUAUAAAAA